AUGGCUGACAAAGGACUCGAGGAUGUCCCCGAGGGACAGAUCGAGUCUAACUACGACGAGACCGUCGACUCCUUUGAUGACAUGAACCUCAAGUCUGAGCUCCUCCGAGGUGUCUACGCCUACGGUUUCGAGCGUCCCUCUGCUAUCCAGCAGCGUGCUAUCAUGCCUGUUAUCAAGGGCCACGAUGUCAUUGCCCAGGCCCAGUCCGGUACUGGAAAGACUGCCACUUUCUCCAUCUCCGUUCUCCAGAAGAUCGACCCCGCCGUCAAGCAGUGCCAGGCUCUGAUCCUUGCCCCCACCCGUGAGCUGGCCCAGCAGAUCCAGAAGGUCGUUGUCGCUAUUGGCGACUUCAUGAACGUUGAGUGCCACGCCUGCAUUGGUGGCACCAGCGUCCGUGAGGACAUGAAGGCCCUCCAGGACGGCCCCCAGGUCGUUGUCGGUACCCCCGGCCGUGUCCACGACAUGAUCCAGCGUCGUUUCCUCAAGACCGACGCCAUGAAGAUGUUCGUCCUCGACGAGGCCGAUGAGAUGCUUUCUCGUGGUUUCACCGACCAAAUCUACGACAUCUUCCAGCUCCUUCCUCAGUCCACCCAGGUUGUCCUGCUCUCCGCUACCAUGCCCCAGGACGUCCUUGAGGUCACCACCCGAUUCAUGCGUGACCCCGUCCGUAUCCUCGUCAAGAAGGACGAGCUUACCCUGGAAGGUAUCAAGCAGUUCUACAUUGCUGUCGAGAAGGAGGAGUGGAAGCUCGACACCCUGUCCGAUCUGUACGAGACCGUGACCAUUACCCAGGCCGUCAUCUUCUGCAACACCCGCAGAAAGGUCGACUGGCUGACUGACAAGCUGACUGCCCGUGACUUCACCGUCUCUGCCAUGCACGGUGACAUGGACCAGGCUCAGCGUGACCUGAUUAUGAAGGAGUUCCGAUCCGGCUCCUCUCGUGUCCUGAUCGCCACUGACCUGCUGGCCCGUGGUAUCGAUGUCCAGCAGGUUUCCCUGGUCAUCAACUACGAUCUCCCCGCCAACCGGGAGAACUACAUCCACCGUAUCGGUCGUGGUGGUCGUUUCGGCCGAAAGGGUGUUGCCAUCAACUUUGUCACCGCCGACGAUGUCCGCAUGAUGCGUGAGAUUGAACAGUUCUACAGCACCCAGAUUGAGGAAAUGCCCAUGAACGUUGCCGAUCUCAUCUAA